ACAAAACCAAACAAGAGAUGAUGUAGCUCCAACCAUUUUAACCCUCUAAUCAAAUAAGAAACUAGAUUCAACCUUACGCUGAAACCAAAUAAGAAACAGGUCCGAUCUAACCCAGAAAAAUGGUCAGCUCCAACCCGACUCACAUCGUUCGGAAACCGAUCACAUGCCGAAAUACAGCUCUGAGCGCUCCAAGCCUCCAAUCCAGCAGAAAUGGCUCGGGAGGUCCCGGCCCGGAUCAUUUCUGCCGGCCGUCUGGCUCCGGUCCCGUCCGUCUCUGCGUCUGUUCUACUUCUAGUAGCAGCACAUACGUAGCUGUCGAACCGUCCGUCCGUACGCCGCCGUCGUGUUGUCUUUUGUGUCUCGCCGAGACGGCAGUAGGUGCCCGGCAAGUUCGCGUCGUGCGCGAGCACCGCCACCAACCCAGCACCCGGUGUUGACCCGAGCCUCCUCUCCAGGCGCCAUUCAACGUCGCCGCACGGACUCUGGCUCGGUGCAAGUGCAAGUGCAAUACAAAUACCGCCAGGCAGCACCGCGGUGGAUUCCCCCUCUCCCUCUCGCCUUUUCGGCCCCCUUUUCGCCUGCGCUGCGCUUUUUCUCCAAUCUCCAACGCCCGUGUGGCCGUGCCCGUUCCGUUGCCCCUGCGCGAUCACUGUCAUGGCGGUUGCUGCAUGCGGCGGCGGCGGCGGACGUGGUCGCUCUCCUCUGUCAAGACUGUCACCUCAGCUGGGCUGCCUCCUCGUCGUCUCGCUGCUCUGCCUCCGCGCCGCCGUCGUCUGCCGCGCGCAGGUCCAGGAGCAGGGGCAGCUGCAGCCGCUGCCGGCGCUGGAGAUCGAGACCUACAACUACACGUCGUUUGACGAGGGCAACUCGCGGGAGCAGCGGGAGCUGGCGUUCAGCAGGGAUGCCCGCAUCUACCAGGGCGCCAUCCAGGUCUCCCCGGACACCGGCAACGUCGGCAGCUACCAGGACAUCAUGGUCAACAAGUCCGGCAACGUCCUCCUCCAGCGCCGCUUCACCAUGUGGCGCCGCCUCGACAGCGGCAAUGGCAAUGGAACCGGUGCCCCGCCGCGCGUGCAGGUCGUGUCGUUCAACAGCACCUUCUCCAUCAACGUGUUCCACCUCCCGGACUCGUCGCCGCGGCCCGGCGAGGGCCUCGCCUUCGUCGUCGCGCCGUCCCGCGCCGAGCCGCCGCCGGGCAGCUACGGCGGCUACCUCGGCCUGACCAACGCGACGCUGGAGGCCAGCAGCGGCGGCGGUCCGGCGAGGAGCCGCUUCGUGGCCGUCGAGUUCGACACGCUGAAGCAGGACUACGACCCCAGCGACAACCACGUGGGCCUCAACGUCGGCUCCGUCGUGUCGGUCGCGACGGCGGACCUGACGGCCUUCCGCAUCGCCACCAACAGCACCGGCCCCGCCAACUACACGGCCUGGGUCGAGUACGACGGCGCGGCGCGGCGCGUGGCGGUGUACAUGGCCGUCCGUGGCGAGCCUAAACCGGCAGCCCCGGUGCUCGACUCGCCGCUCGACCUCAGCCAGCACCUGCCCGAGCAGGCGUACAUCGGCUUCACCGCGUCCACCGGCGCCGACUUCGAGCUCAACUGCGUCCUCGACUGGGCGCUGUCGAUCGAGAUCAUCCCGGAGAGGAAGAGCCGGGCGUGGGUUGUCGCUGUCGCCGCCGCCGUGCCGGCGGCUGCCAUCGCGGCCAGCGUUGCCGCCUUCUUCCUCGCCAGGACGCUGCGGGCCAGGCGGGCCGUGGAGAAGCGGCAGGAGCGGCUGGAGCGGCGGCUCACCAACCUCCCCGGGAUGCCCAGGGUGUUCGCGUACGACAAGCUGAGGAAGGCCACCGGCAACUUCGACGAGCGGCUGCGGCUGGGGAGAGGCGGCUACGGCGUGGUCUACAAGGGCCUGCUCCCCGCCGACGACGCCCGGCCGGAGGGGACGAUGGAGGUGGCGGUCAAGCGGUUCACCCGGGACGACGGCAAGGACGUCAACGACUUCCUCCAGGAGGUCGACAUCAUCAACAGGCUGCGCCACAAAAACAUCGUCCCUCUCAUCGGCUGGUGCUUCAAUAAAGGGCAGCUGCUGCUGGUGUACGAGUACAUGCCGAACGGCAGCCUAGACCAGCACCUGUUCCGGCGGGGCGCGCACGAGCAGCGGCCCGUGCUGGACUGGGCGAGCCGGUACGCGAUCGUGCGCGACGUCGCGGCGGGGCUGCACUACGUGCACCACGAGCACACGCGCAUGGUGCUGCACCGCGACGUGAAGGCCAGCAACGUGCUGCUGGACGCGGCGUGGCGCGCGCGGCUGGGCGACUUCGGGCUGGCGCGCGUGCUGGACCAGGGCCGUGAGUCGUUCACGGACGUGCACGUGGCCGGCACCUUCGGGUUCAUCGCCCCCGAGUACUCCGUGGGCCACCGGGCGACGCGGGAGACGGACGUGUUCGCGUUCGGCGCGCUCGUGCUGGAGGCGGUCACGGGGCAGCCGGCGCUGCGGGACGGCGGCGGCGACGGCGGGGGGUGCCGGCUGCUGUCGGACUGGGUGUGGCAGAUGCACGGCCGCGGCGCGCUGCUGGGCGCCGUGGACCAGGGCCUCGGCGCCACCGGGUUCGACCACGCCGAGGCGGCCCGCCUGCUGCUGCUCGCGCUGGCGUGCUGCAGCCCCAACCCGGGCGACCGCCCCGCCAUGCCGCAGGUGCUGCAGGUCCUGUCCAAGGCCUCGCCGCCGCCCGAGGUGCCGCCGUUCAAGCCGCAGUUCGUCUGGCCGCCCGAGGGGGGAGCGCAAUUCCGGCUCAGCGACAUCGAGGGGACCACGACCGGCACCGGCGACGCCGACGCCGACGGCGCGUCCACGCGGGCCACGCGCAGCACCUCCUACGACAGCUUCCGGCCGCACAACACGGCCGACAGCAGCGACGGUUACUUCCCCGCCCUCUCAUCCGGCCGUUGACCUAAUCCAAGUGCUGCCUUUCUGUGCAUAGCAUUUUGGCCAUGAUUGCAGCUAGCUCCGAAGAACUUUCACGUGUGAAAUGUGUAUAUUAUAUCGAAUUCGUUAGGGAGUUCAGUUCGUGCAAUGGGGCAUGUGUAUAGGCGUAUAGCUGCACCAGCACUUCAGGUUUUAGGAGACCUGCAUGUUUUUUUUUUCGAUAAGUCCCCGUUUGUUUCAUUUCAUUUUGAGGAUUUGGAAUCUUAUUAUUGGAAUAGACUAUUUUUUUUAGAAUA